AUGUCCCUCUCAAAAUCCGAAUCAGACAUAAUCCUCAACCGCGCAAACGUCGCCCUAUCCCGCAGCCAACGCCUCGUCGCCUCCUGGCUCCCCUCCCAAGACGACAACGACGAACCAACAAAAACAGACUCCGAACUCCAACAAGAAGAAGAUGAGAUCUUCACCGCUGUACCGGAGACCCUCGGAGUCGGCGCCCCGCUCCCCGAAAAAGCAGCAGAUGGAAGCUGGAAUCGCAAGGAAUUGAGCUCGAAUGAUAUUCUGCGGAAACAGUUGUUGGGCCGGAAUUAUGAGAAGGUUAUGAAGGCCAAGGAGGCGGAUGCUAAGGCGUUGAGGGAGAAGAAUGCUGCUGCAAAUGCGGCUGCGUCGGGCUCGGCGCCGACUGCGGCGGCGGAUGUUGAGGAUGAGGAUGAUGAUGAGGAGGAAGGGAGGGCUGCUACGGUUGGUAAGAGGAGGAAGAUGAAUUCUUCUUCUUCUCGGGCGGUGCCUUCGACUUCGACCACGGUAUCGGCUGAGAAUGGUGCUGCGGGGGAUGCGUUGAAUGGGGAGCAGAGCUUGAAACAGACGAAGGCUGCGAGGGGGAGGAAGAAGGCGACGAGUUACUUGGAUGAGAUUUUGGCUCAGAGGGCUAGUAAGAAGAAGAAGAGGUGA